GGUUACCCUCUUUAUCUUGGGAAGGGUUUGUUUAGACUGAACUACUGAACUCAUCCGAGGUUUCAUGAAUACGUAAUAGUGCCGAGUAAAAAUGUCAACGACGACGACGAGGAAUUGCCCGACGAACCUUCAAUUCUUAAAGGAAUUCCUCAGAGAUAGAGGAUUGCCUACCACCGGGAAGAAGAGCGACUUGGAGGUGUUGGCUCGCCUCUAUGGCAACACUCCAUUGAUUCACCCAACGACCCCGACGUCUGCUCGUGGAAAAGACAAUCCGAGCCUCAACGCUGAAAUUGCGGGUGCCACGGCGGAUGGAGUAGAUGCCGAGGAUGAUGAAGAAUGCUUGACGUGGGUGGAAGUCACUCCGCUUUGUUGCGCCAUACCAUUGUCUCAAUCAUUCAAUAUUGAAUGCAUCACAAAAUACUUGACACAAAUAACAGUUGAUUUGGAAAACGGAGAGGAAACCGAUGACAUCCAGAUUGGGACCAGAAAACCAGUGAUCAAGGGCAAACGGAUGUACGUAUCCGAUUGCAUCUCGUUUGUGGAAUGGCGGAAGACAGUAACCAUGGAUGUAAUUCUUCGAGCUAACUGCGAGCCGAGCAUGCCGAAGGCCUCCGAGGCCACAGAAAUGCGUUUUCCCCAAGUAACUAUAACACCAAGUGGGGAAGUUGGAACUUGCCUUUGCUCGUGCAAAGCCUCUGCCGAUGGACGAUGUAGCCACGUUGCCGCCCUUUUGUAUCUCGCUGAGGAUAUUGUUCUAAGCCAGAUGCCAAAAAUGAAAACGGCUUGUACCUCUCAACCGCAGACGUGGGGAAAGGGAGCAAGAAGAGCAAAGAACCCGACUCCCGUGGGGACGAAUCGGUACAAUAAAAAGCUUGAACCAGCAAGAUACCUGAAGUUCAACCCAGCUCCUCAAAUGCCUCAACAAGACCCUACCAAUCACUUGUUAUAUUGUAUCCAGAGGGCACAUAUGCCGACAUGUGCUUUCGAAACUACUAUUGGAUUCAAGUACGAAGACUACUGUUUAAAUCAAGAACGCAGGAAUGUGUUAGAGGUUCUCUCUGGACAACUACUAGAAGGCCUAAAGGCACAGCUUGAGGCCGCCCCAGAAGAAAUAAGCUUGUCAACGGCUGAAGGCCUUCAUGUCAGAGGAACAGAGGAACAAAGCAAGAGUAAGUUAUGGCACGAGUACAGGCAAUUACGAAUUACUGGCAGUACCUUCAAAUCUUUCAUUACCUCUCCAUUUCGUAUGGCGUUGUCAAUAUGGAACCCGACAGAUCUGUCGCAUUUGGUGGCGAUUCAAUGGGGUAAUGUUCAUGAGCAAGUAGCUCUCGAAGAGUAUGAAAGGAAACAGCAAUGCCGAGUAACAAAAUGCGGGUUUUUCUUGUUGAGGACAGAUCCCAUGUUUGGAUGUAGCCCUGAUGGUGUCGUCGUGCGAGAUAACGAGAUUAUUAUAUUGGAAAUCAAAUGCCUAUAAUCUUUGCGUGCCAUUCCGUUUGAAGAACUCGAAAACUUACCCCAGAGGAAAAAAACAUCAUUACCAUUCAGAAUCAAUGCCGACAACUCUCUUAGCCUCAAAAGAUCCCACACUUACUUUUAUCAAAUCCAACUAAAUCUCGUAGUCACAGGAGCCAAACACGCCCAUCUUUUUUGGUAGACAGAAAAGUGGUCAAGAAUGGAAUAUAUUUCCUUAGAUGAAGAUUUCGCUCGUCAAGCUAUGUUUUUGGCCAAAAAGAACUACUUGAGAGUAUUCCAAGUAGAGUAUUUUGAACAAAGAUGCCCUCGAAAGUUAUCGCCAUUAACACUACAGCUCAGUUCUUGAAGACUUUUCCGCUCCCCAAUUGAUGCAAUAAAACCUAAAUAAUUUG